CCACCGUUGACCGCGUCACGUGCUCACCGCGUCACGUUUCCGGUUUUGGAGCGCGUGGUUACCAUAGUAACGGAUGAGCGCGCGUCAAACAGCAGCAGGCAUGAGUGCAGAUGCAGUUUUCUCUCUUCAAAACCAGUCCACCGCCAUUGACUAUAGCGGGAAGAUCCCUGUGGAGCACCUGGACUAUGAUUACAUUGAGAAGUGCAAAGAUGUAAAAUACCUGGAGAAGAUCUUGAGAGUACUUAGGUCUGGCGAUGAGGGCAUUUUUCCGCAUCUGAUCAAUUUCUGUGAGAGUCACUUGGAGAAACUGAACCCCAGGAGCCGAGCUCUCAGGAAGGAAAACCCUGUGGCCACAGCUGCCAGCCUCUCUAAAGAUGAGUGGAGCCAGAUUGUCAAUGAUUUGAAGACAUGGCGAGAAGAAACCAAAAGAACAGAGACUUCACUAACACAGCAGUCAAUGUUUGAUGAUCUAGUGAAAGAAAACACGCCACCUAUAAGAGGUUCCAAUUGCUCUGUUCCACUUAGUCAGACUUCAGAUCCAAAAGAAAAGAGGAAUUCUUCAAAACGCACUCUCCCACGUGAUUAUCGAGAAUGGGACAAGUUUGAUGUGGAAAAGGAAUGUGACAGAAUUGAUGGAAAUGUGGUCAAAAAUGAUCCACCUGUCAUUAUAAACACAAGAAACCCCAAAAUCAAGACUAAAGUGGAUGCUUCAAUGCUGACACAACCGGAGAAGCUCCUGCUGGCAAACCGUGAAAAGGACAAAGGCAAUGAAGCUUUCAGAGCAAACGAUUAUGAGGAGGCAGUUGCAUAUUAUUCCAGGAGCCUUUCCAUUAUACCAACUGUGGCUGCGUACAACAACAGAGCCCAGGCAGAAAUCAAGCUCAGCCACUGGCACAAUGCCAUGAGAGACUGCCAGAGGGUACUCGAACUGGAACCAGAAAAUAUUAAAGCCCUGCUACGUCGUGCCACUGUUUAUAAUCACAUGGGCAGCUUCCAAAUGGCUGCUGAAGACCUGAGGAUGGUGCUUAGGAAAGAGCCGCAUAAUGCUGCAGCCACUCAACUUCUGUCUGAAACUGAGAAGAAGAUGAAGGAAGGUCAACCAGGACAGCAAAGCAAAGGCAAAAGAAUCAUCAUCCAAGAGGUAGAAGAGGAAGAUGACAGCAGUAACGAUGCAGCAAAAGCUGAGCAGACUGCUUGUCCGGUUGAACCUAGCCAGCCUGUGGGAGGGGAGGAGUGCUCAGCUUCUCCUGCCGAAAGGGGAGACAUGGGUAACGCUCAGAAAAAGCCCCACAGCAGAGGGGACGGGGGUCCACACGGUGAGUUUAACAACGCCCACCAUGGACACUGGAGGGGCAAAGGAGGCAGCGCUGACAAGUACAAAGUCUCACAGGAGUCCAAGGAAAAGGUAGCCAAUGGAACGGGCAAAAGGGGCUCCACAGCUUCAGCCCAGGCUGACCAGAGCAGCAGUAAGGGAACUCCGGUUGGAGGAAAUGCAUCGGAAAAUGUCAACCUCGAUGCCCCGUGUGGAGCCCUGCCCCCACAUCUGGCCCGGCUAAAGAAUGAAGGAAACCUGCUGUUUAAAAAUGGACAGUUUGCCGAUGCACUGGAAAAAUACUCACUAGCCAUCCAAGGCUGUACAGAUUCAGGGAUUGACAGUCCGGAGGAUCUCUGUAUUCUAUAUUCAAACAGAGCAGCUUGCUACCUGAAAGAUGGCAACAGUCAAGACUGCAUACAGGACUGCAUAAAAGCCCUGGAGCUACAGCCAUUCUCCCUCAAGCCCCUCCUGCGCCGGGCCAUGGCUUAUGAGU